AAUAGUGGCACUGAAUUUCUAAACACAAGAAAUUGCUUAGACAGUUGGUUUAGUAUCUGUGUAUGGGCAAUACUCUGUCCUGCAGUAGGCAAUAUGUCAGCUGAAUCACCAAUCAUACUGAAUAUUGAUCCUCAGGAUCUUCAGGUCCAAACAUUUACUGUAGAGAAGUUGCUGGAGCCUCUCAUAAUUCAGGUUACUACACUUGUAAAUUGUCCCCAGAAUCCUUCCAACAGGAAAAAAGGACGUUCAAAAAGAGCCAGAGUCCUCCUAGCUUCUGUAGAGGAAGCAACUUGGAAUUUAUUAGACAAGGGAGAGAAGAUUGCCCAGGAAGCCACUGUUUUAAAGGAAGAGCUUACUGCUGCACUCCAGGAAAUUCGCAAAGAAAGUGAAGCUCUGAAGGUAUCAGCUGAGAGAUUUACAGAUGACCCCUGUUAUCUCCCGAAAAGGGAGGCUGUGGUUCAAGCUGCACGUGCCUUGUUGGCUGCAGUUACCAGACUCCUUAUCCUUGCGGACAUGAUUGAUGUCAUGUGUCUCUUGCAGCAUGUGUCAUCUUUUCAAAGAACACUUGAGUGCCUUAAAAAUGUUUCCAACAAAUCUGACCUUCAGAAAACCUACCAGAAACUUGGGAAGGAGCUGGAAGAUCUGGAUUAUUUGGCUUUCAAACGUCAGCAGGACUUAAAAUCUCCAAAUCAGAGGGAUGAAAUUGCAGGGGCACGAGCCACACUGAAGGAGAACUCCCCCCUCUUGCAUUCCAUUUGCUCAGCUUGUUUGGAACAUUCUGAUAUUGCUUCCCUCAAAGCCAGUAAGGAUACAGUUUGUGAAGAAAUUCAGAAUGCCCUCAAUGUAAUUUCAAAUGCUUCCCAAGGCAUCCAGAAUAUGCCGGCCCCAUCRGAACCACAAGCAGCAACCCUGGGAAGUGCGCUCGAUGAGCUGGAGAAUUUAAUUGUCCUGAACCCACUCACAGUGACGGAAGAGGAAAUAAGACCAUCACUAGAAAAACGCCUUGAAGCCAUCAUCAGUGGGGCUGCUCUGUUGGCAGACUCUUCAUGUACAAGGGAUUUCCACCGGGAGCGGAUUAUUGCAGAAUGCAACGCCAUUCGCCAGGCUCUUCAGGACCUGCUUUCAGAGUACAUGAACAAUACUGGAAAAAAAGAAAGGAGUAAUACUUUGAAUAUUGCUAUAGACAACAUGUGCAAGAAGACAAGAGACCUUCGUAGACAGCUCCGCAAGGCUAUUAUAGAUCAUGUGUCAGACUCUUUCUUGGAUACAACAGUCCCACUUUUGGUUCUCAUUGAAGCUGCUAAGAAUGGCCGGGAAAAGGAAAUAAAAGAAUAUGCUGCAAUAUUUCAUGAACACACCAGCAGGCUUGUAGAGGUUGCAAAUCUUGCUUGUUCCAUGUCGACAAAUGAAGAUGGAAUUAAGAUUGUCAGAAUUGCAGCCAAUCACCUAGAAACUUUGUGCCCGCAGGUUAUUAAUGCUGCGCUUGCUUUGGCUGCAAGACCCAAAAGUCAAGURGUAAAAAACACCAUGGAAAUGUACAAACACACAUGGGAGAACUAUAUACAUGUCCUCACUGAAGCUGUAGAUGACAUUACAAGCAUUGAUGACUUCCUUGCUGUAUCUGAAAGCCAUAUCCUGGAAGAUGUCAACAAGUGUAUCAUAGCCUUGAGAGACCAGGAUGCAGAUAAUUUAGACCGUGCUGCAGGAGCUAUCAGAGGAAGGGCAGCAAGAGUUGCUCACAUUGUCACAGGUGAAAUGGACAGUUAUGAACCUGGGGCUUACACUGAAGGUGUUAUGAGAAAUGUUAACUUCCUUACAAGUACUGUAAUUCCUGAGUUUGUAACACAAGUGAAUGUCGCCUUGGAAGCCUUAAACAAGAACUCCKUAAACGUAUUUGAUGAUAAUCAAUUUGUGGAUAUCUCAAAGAAGAUCUAUGACACAAUUCAUGAUAUCAGAUGUUCUGUCAUGAUGAUUCGGACCCCAGAGGAACUGGAGGAUGUUUCUGACCUUGAAGAAGAUCAUGAGGUCCGCAGCCACACCAGUGUUCAGACUGAAGGGAAAACAGACCGGGCAAAGAUGACUCAACUUCCUGAGGCAGAAAAGGAAAAGAUUGCUGAGCAAGUUGCUGAUUUCAAGAAAGUAAAGAGUAAGCUUGAUGCUGAAAUUGAAAUAUGGGAUGAUACAAGCAAUGAUAUCAUUGUUCUCGCCAAGAAGAUGUGUAUGAUCAUGAUGGAGAUGACAGACUUCACGAGAGGCAAAGGCCCACUAAAACAUACAACUGAGGUGAUAUAUGCAGCUAAAAUGAUAUCAGAAUCAGGAUCAAGGAUGGAUGUCCUCGCUCGGCAGAUUGCUAACCAGUGUCCAGAUCCAUCAUGCAAACAGGACCUGCUGGCCUAUCUUGAACAAAUAAAAUUCUACUCCCAUCAACUGAAAAUCUGCAGCCAAGUUAAAGCUGAGAUCCAGAACCUGGGGGGAGAGCUCAUCAUGUCAGCUUUGGACAGUGUCACCUCCCUGAUCCAAGCAGCCAAAAAUUUAAUGAAUGCUGUAGUGCAAACAGUGAAAAUGUCUUAUAUCGCCUCAACCAAGAUCAUCCGAAUCCAGAGUCCUGCUGGGCCCCGGCACCCUGUAGUGAUGUGGAGAAUGAAGGCUCCAGCAAAAAAACCCUUGAUUAAAAGAGAGAAACCAGAAGAAACGUAUGCAGCCAUCAGACGAGGCUCCGCAAGGAAAAAAAUCCAUCCAGUGCAAGUCAUGAGUGAAUUUAGAGGAAGACAAAUCUACUGAAAGCACUAUUCUGCACGGGUGCCCACAUUAGGAAGUCUGAACUAACCGCACUGCUUUAUUUUACACUUGAUUAGUUCUGUAAUUUCACUAAGUUUCAGAGUUUAACUCACAAAUAACAUAAAAAAAAACAUCGAAACUAAAACAACAUAAACAACAUAUAUUUGGGGUCAUGUCACUGUUAUAGUUGGCACAUAAUGGUUAAUCAUCCUAUGCUGGUCCAGUGAAUGAAGCCUUUAGGUGUUACUCAGCCUGUCCCAUCUAUUCAUUACCAAAUGAACACAGGUGACAAAUGAGUCUUGUUUAUCUGUAAUAGUUCAAGUACCUUCACUCUUUUCAUUGUGAAAUUCAAAUACUGACAUUAACUCAAUUUAGUUUCAAUGGAAACAAAAGACUUUAUAAAAUAUUUUGUCAGUUAAUCUCCAUACUUUCUUUAUCUGACCUAACCUGAUGGGAAUGCGUGACUUCUUUGAUAGGAAAAACUUUCAAUCUCUACAUAUUUGUUUCUAUUUUCAACUGAUUAAUCUAACGUCUAUCAUUAGCUAAUCAAAUUGAGCAGUGAAGUUACUGGAUUUUGGAGGCCAGCCUUGGUUAUUAACAAAAUGCUUUAAUAUUAUAAAGAUUACAGUGACCUUUGAUGCCAGGUAUAUAGCUUUUAGGAUUCCAUUGUGUUCAAUAGUUCUGCACUUUUGAUUACUGGGGCCUUUGGAACAWAUAUGUAGAAGAGCUAUCACCUGUUGGGUAACUGAGAUACUGAACUACGUUCCAGAGUAAGUUAUGAUAACAGAAGUAUGCAGAAUUCUGCAUGACUCUAAAAUUCCAUUUCUAUCUGCUUGCAAUUGUAAUUAAAAAGAAAGGCCAGUUUGAAAAACCUUUUGGCAUUGAGUAAAAUAUAACUCAGUGAAUUGUACCAUUGAACUAUGAAACAGAGUUAAUGGCAAUGAAGCUGGAGUGAUCUUAAUAGCAUUCUUUUAAAUAAAAGUCAUUGGGGGUCAUUUUAUAAGUUCAAUAACUGUGCUCAUUCAGAGUUGAGUUCACAAUGGACAUCCUAAUAGCCUAGUAUUUACUCUAUCUUUCUCCUUUUCCUAUUGGAUUUUCAGUGAGCUCCUUGUAGAAAUUAAGCCUCAUCUUUAUUUGUCUCACCCAUGGGGUUUCCAUUCAUAGGAUUUUUAAAAUAUUAAUUCCAUAUUCUAUUUUAUCAUAACAACAUUAUAAAUUUAAUUUAUCACGUGUAAAACAUUGUUAUUGACGAGCAGUUUCAACCACCAUAUCCCUUUAGAUUGAUGAAAAAAAUAUAAUKUUUUUCAUAUAACACCAAUUGAUGUUAGGAGCACCAAUUUGGGUAAAUGGAGUCACUAAACAUAAGAAAGCAUAUAGUUCAAGAGCAGGUUAUAUAUGGUAAAUUGAGCAAAAUGGUAUGGGAAAAGAAGGAUAUAAUUAAUAGUCUGGCAUUAAUUAUGAGUGAAAUGUUCCCUUUCCUUAAUUAUAAUGAAUCAUUUAAUUUUUCAAAGUGCUGAAUUGCCUGGGCUCURUGUGCAUACUUUUUAGGAAUUAAAGACAAUUAACUCCUUUCUGCCUUGCACCGCAUUCUUGCCACAAUAUUUAUUCUGACCAAAGUCAAACACCUAAGAAAGAAG